AUGGAUUAUGACCCGAUUAUGUGGGAGGGUGAUUCAAGCAAUUGUGAUGUUGCACAACGUCAGGGAGGAUGUUCGUCCACAAACACGGAACUUUUAGAAGAUGUUGCCGUUAGUACUGUCGGCGCGCGACUGAAGUGCGCGCGGCGCUCCGGCAGGCUGCCGGUGGUGGGGGGACAAGGGGAUGCGUGCGUUCGGAAUCCACUUCCCACGUGCUCCGUUCCGUCCCUUUCUUACGGGACGGGUUAG